CUGAACCGUCCCGCAGGAACAGCCGGAGAGAGAAGCUGGAGAGGAUCGGACUCGUUUUGACCACCAUUAACCAAUCCAAGCAUUCUCUCUAAAUCAAUUACAAGUCUUUUCUUACCUUAAGUUGGCUUAAAUUGAAAAAACUGUGUCACCUUAAGUUAGCUUCCAGUUUGGACUUGACAAUACAUCAAAACACUUUAAUCUUCAACACCCUCAGUAUGCUCACCUUCGCUCUCUACCUCCAUUCCUUACUCCACCUCCUCACCUCCACCGCGGCUGUAACACCGCCUUACACACCCACGGAUUACUUCCUCCUCAACUGUGGCUCAUCCUCCAACGCCACGUCGCGAGACGGCAGGAGCUGGGACGGUGAUGCCACCUCAAAAUUCUCACCGUCCAACAUCGGCACCACCUCAUCACCAUCCACGGCCACCGAACAAGACCCUUCCACCGACAUCCCUUUCCUCACCGCCCGCAUCUUCACCUCCGAAUUCACCUACACUUUCCCCGUCUCCUCCGGCCCCAAAUUCCUCCGCCUCUACUUCCACCCAGCCACCUACUCAAAUCUCGACAGAUCAAAAUCUUACUUCUCCGUCACCGCUGCAAACUACACCCUCCUAACCAACUUCAGUGCCUUCCUCACCGUCUCUGCUUUGGUUCCCCAACAAUCCUCUCUUGUCAAAGAGUACAUUGUCAAUGUCAGAGACACCCAAAAGCUCGACAUAACAUUCAACCCAUCUCCCAAUUCAUACGCCUUUAUCAACGGCAUCGAAGUCGUUUCGAUUCCCAACAAUUUCUACAUGAAAGGCGACAAUCCUAUCCCUCUUGUUGGCUAUCAACCAUUUAUCUAUAUCGAUAACAACACUGCUAUGGAAACUCUGUACCGGUUAAACGUCGGUGGCAACGAGGUGUCUGUGAAUGACGAUACCGGCAUGUACCGGCCGUGGCAUCCAGAUGACAUGUAUAUAUACGGCGCGGCCGUUGGUUUGGUGCCUCACCUUGAGGUCCCAAUUCGGUACACUAAGACACCGAAUUACACUGCUCCGGCGACUGUGUACACUACGGCUCGGACCAUGGGAAAUGACCCAAAGGAAAACUUGAAGUACAAUUUGACUUGGAUCUUCACCGUUGACUCUGGGUUCCUGUACCUGGCUAGGCUUCAUUUUUGCGAGUUUCAACUGGUGGUAACCACAGAACAUGAGAGGAUAUUUUCUGUGUACAUGAAUAAUCAGACCGCUGAUCAAAAGGUUGAUGUUAUACACUUGAGUGGGGGUCGCGGAAUUCCUGUUUUCAAAGAUUAUGUUCUUUCAGUCCCAGUCGUCGAUGGUCUCCGGAGUAAGGUGGAUUUGUGGCUGGCGAUGUCCCCGAAUAUGGACUCCAAGCCCAGGUACGCUGAUGCAAUCUUGAACGGUUUAGAGAUCUUCAAAUUGAGUAAAUCGGACGGAAGUCUCGCCGGGCUCAAUCCUGAAUACGUUCCCGCACCGCCGGCACCAUAUCCAAAGCUACCGGGCAAACAGAAUAGUAAAACGUCGUUGUCGUUGGUCUUGGCCGUCGCCGGAGGUGUAAUCAGCGGAGUGUUCUUGAUUUCAGUGAUUGGUUUCUUGAUUUUCCGGUGUCGGAGGAGGGUGAGAGACUCCGGUGCAAGCGUGGUCAAGUCAUCAUGGGUCCAAUUUUCAAUUUUGCACACGUCGAAGUCCACGAAGACUAACGCUUCAUCACUGCCGCCUAGUCUCUGCAGAAAUUUCUCACUCACAGAGAUCAAAUCUGCUUCAUCAUUACGGUCUGAAGGGUUGUGUCGUCGCUUCUCACUUGCUGAGAUUCAAUCUAUGACCAACAACUUCGAUGAUGAAUUGAUCAUUGGAAGUGGUGGAUUUGGUAAGGUCUACAAAGGACUCAUUGAUGGUGAGGAAACCACUGUCGCUAUAAAGCGGUUGAAUUCAAUGUCUAAGCAGGGUGCACAUGAAUUUUGGACAGAGAUUGAGAUGCUUUCCAAGCUUCGACACAAUCAUCUUGUCAGUCUAAUAGGCUAUUGUGAAGAAGGCGAUGAGAUGAUCCUUGUUUAUGAGUAUAUAGAGAAUGGUACCCUUGCUGAUCAUCUCUACAAAAUUAAUACCAGUGGAAAUAUUUGUCACAUAUCAUGGGAUCAAAGACUCAACAUUUGCAUUGGUGUUGCACGUGGAUUGGAUUACCUUCACACGAGUACUCAGCAAGGUGUCAUACACCGAGAUAUGAAAACCUCAAAUAUUCUGUUGGACAAUGCUUGGGUAGCUAAGAUUUCAGAUUUUGGUUUGUGCAAAAUGGGCAUCACAAGCGAUUUUGGAACCCACGUCAGCACAGACAUUAAAGGCACAUUUGGUUAUUUGGAUCCAGAGUAUUUCAUGACUCGUCGGCUAACCAAGAAAUCAGAUGUGUAUGCUUAUGGUGUCGUGUUGUUGGAAGUGCUUUGUGGGAGGCCAGCAGUUGAUAUGAGGCUUGAGGAAGAACAAUGCAGUCUAGCCCUAUGGGCUCAACAUUGUAUCAAAAAGAAGAAACUUGGUCAGAUCAUUGACCCUAGUAUGAGGGACCAAAUCUCGCCAGAUUGCCUGAAGUUGUUUUCAAAAGUUGCUAACAAAUGCUUAAAUAAUAAUCCAAAUGGACGUCCUACAAUGGCUGAUGUAGUGGUGAGCCUUGAGUGUGCUUUGGCGGCACAGGAUCAACAGGGAUAUACAAGUAGAUGUUGAUCUGCUACAAGUAUCAACCCCUCGUGUGCAUUGCUGGGCUCAAGAUCAGUGCAAGAAUAUACAAGCAGAUGAUGCUCUGCCACAAGGUUAGCUCGACAAUCGAACCAGAAACAUUGAGUUUAUUUUUUGUUGGACCAAUUUCACCCGCGUGCUUCUUCGAAAUCACAUUUCCGCGAAACUGAUUUUGGCGGUCAGCUUCAAUUGGCUCUGGUAACCGCCUCCCUUUGCCACUUAACCGCCUCUGCGAAGCAAGAUAGUGGAGAUGAAAGGUUCCUCAUUACUAAGAAGGUGAUCUUUGCCAUUAUUUUUGCCACGACCCAAUCCCAGUGGAUGUCGCAACUAGUCUAUUCCUAAAUUACCAAGGAUUUAUUCUAAAAUCAAAUAAGUUAAUAAUGCAGCGGAGUAAAAUAAAAGACGUACAUAAAUAUUUAUUUUAAUUAAAAUGUACAUACGGUUUGUGUUAGUUUUUAAAUCAUAAAAAAUCGAAUGGAUCGGUGCUAAAUAUAUUCUUAACACCGACUGAAUCGAACCGUGUAUAUCCCUACUCUUGGUUCUUCUUGAUUGAUUUUUUUUUUUUUUGGUUUUGUUUUGUGAUCAGAAUGGUGUGUGUAUAUUUUUAAAUAACAGUGUAAUUAAAUGUCAUAAUCAUCCUUAUUAUAUACCCUACUGUAUCAUUUAUUUGAUUAAGAAGCAUAUAGAUGAAUAUUCUACAUCUUUGUUAGUUGUGUAUCGGAUAACUGAACCAAACCAACUUUUUUCAUUGAUCUUGGAAAUUCGAA